AUGUACGUUAGCAGAACUGCCUCCCGGGCAGCGCCCGCAGUCUUCAGAGCAGGCAUCAGGACCACCACCCGCACACAUCGCCCCAUGCUGCGCUCCUCGCCUGCAAUUCGCAUCCUCAUUCCGCUUCGAGCCCUACAGACCGAGUCGACGUCAUCCAACACUGCACAGAACUACCCACCCCCUGGCUUCGACCCCAAAAAAGCAAGCCAACCACUCUCCAGGCAGGAUCAGGACAAGGCUCCCCAGCAAGCCAAACCCCAGCUCGAAAAAGACACCCUCAUCCCCAAGUCUGGCCCAACCGCACACGCCAAGACUCCCGCUCAAGAUGUCCAGACAAUCAGGGAGCUGGGCGCAGACAAGGCAGCAGCCGAGACCAAGGAGGAGAAGAAGGUCAUGCUGAAGAAGGACGAGGAGAAGAAGAAGCUUACUGUCUGGCAAAAAGUCAAGAAGGAGCUGGUUCAUUACUGGGACGGUACCAAAUUGCUUGGUUUCGAGAUCAAGAUUAGUUCCAAGCUUGCCUUGAAGAUGGCUGCUGGUUACGAACUCACCAGACGAGAGCGUCGACAGCUGCAACGCACAGUCCAGGAUCUCGCCCGUUUGGUUCCCUUCCUGCCUUUCGUCAUCGUGCCGUUCGCAGAGUUGCUUCUUCCCGUAGCGCUCAAGCUCUUCCCCAACAUGCUUCCCAGCACAUACGAGGGCCAAUCAGCCAAGGAUACCAAGGCCCAAACCCUCCGAGCAACCCGCAAGGACGUUAGCGACUUCCUUCGCCAGACUCUAAAGGAAACCGGUUUGCCAGUCUCUCUCGAAAAUGCCCAGACAGCAGAGUUUGGCGAGUUCUUCCGAAAGGUGCGCACAACUGGCGAGAAGCCAACGCCAGAGGAAAUCAUCAAGGUCUGCAAGAUCUUCAAGGAUGACUUGACUCUUGACAACUUGUCUCGCCCACAGCUCGUCUCCAUCUGCCGCUACAUGAACAUCACUUCCUUUGGUACCGACAACUUCCUGCGCUACCAAAUCAGGGUUCGUAUGCGCCAAAUCAAGCGUGACGACAGGGCCAUUGCCUACGAAGGCGUCGAGACCCUUUCGGUGCCCGAGCUUCAGACUGCGUGUGCAAGCCGUGGUAUCCGAACGUACGGCGUUUCUCCUGGCAGGCUACGGGAUGACCUGACAAGCUGGCUUGAUCUCCGUCUUAAGCACGGCGUCCCUUCAACCCUCUUGGUGCUCUCCAAUGCCUUUGUAUACGCACAGGGCAAGGACGCAGAAAUGACAUCCCAGAUUGAUGCUCUGGAGGCUGUGCUUUCCAGCAUCCCUGAAGAGCUCUACCACGAGGUUGACCUCGAGGUCCGGAACGCUGAAGGCGCCGCCACCAACAAGCAGCGUCUCGAAGUCCUCAAGGAACAGCAAGAACUCAUCAACGAAGAGAACGAGCAGACUGAGACGGUCGAGAACAAGGCCACUGCCUCGCCCAAGGACCACGACGACAUUGACGAGGCCGAAAAGCCCACAAAAGAUGCUGAAGAGGCAAAGGAGGCCAAGGCCGCUGAAGAAAGCAAAGAAGCCGAAGCUAGCACCGGCGAGAGCGUGGGCGGCAGUGCUGAGCGCGCCGAACAAGAUGACCGUGCGAGGAAAAUGGACGAGCCUACCGGUAAGGCUGAGAAGCCUGCCGAUGCCAUUGCUGCAAAGAAGGAGUAA